AUGGCUUUACAUAGUCCGGCUGAAGUGCCACAUGUACGAGAGAUUGGUACCCUUUUGCCGGCAGGCUAUGAGACGAAAAUUCGUAUACGACCCGAUAAAACUGAAGCUGCCUUGAAUUUGAAAUCAAUCAAUCGAAAAUAUCGUCAAUGUCUGUUUGAUGGAGAGGAACAUUUGACUUAUUUUUCGUAUUAUAAUGGACGGAAUUGUGAGAUGGAAUGUCAAGCGCGUCGUUUACUGGAGCGUUGUAAUUGCUUGGCCUAUUAUAUGCCAUUGAUUGAGAAUAAUACUAAGAUUUGUGGUAUUAUUGAUACGCCAUGCGUGAAACAAAUGGCACAACACAAUAGGAAUAGGUCACUAGCCGUAUUGGAAGAUUGUCAACAUUUAUGUUGGCCAAGCUGCUUUGAUUUGAAUUUCUAUAGUGAUUUCUUCUCCGCGCCCAUUUCGCAUGAGGGUUUUGAAAUUUCCAAUAAAUUGGUUAAGAAUAUGGCAAGUGAUUAUGCGGAGAAGAGUAUGGGUGUGGCACAUUUCUAUUUCACCGAUAACACCUUUCGCAGCACCAAGCAGACGGAAUUUGUGGGAAUUACAGAUUUUUUGUCCAGUGUCGGAGGUCUAAUGGGCCUUUUUAUGGGCUUCAGUUUUAUAUCGAUUGCCGAAUUCAUUUACUAUGCCAUUUUGCGGCCUUAUCACAAAAUCAAAAAACAUGAUCGCCUAAAUCAAUCGAAAUCCAAAUCGAAACCUCCACAAGAUGUCCGCGACUAUCAGGUUCGCUUUGUAAGUCCAACUGAAAGGACAAUUAUGCGCAUACCCGACCAUUUAACGAAAUCGAAAAAAUUACAAAUGUUUCCACCCCCAAAUUUUAUUAUGGGUCGUCGGCAGAGUCCGGAAUUGGAUAAUGAUAUUUUCAAUAAACGCCCGUCAUGGAACAGUAAUCGAGGUUAUAAUAAAUCCAAAUAA